UUUCGCAGUGAGUUCGCGCAGGCCGCCCAAAGUCCACGGGGCUGCUUGAAAGGCGGCCACUGGCACGCCAACAAUCGAUGGAGCUGUGCGUGUGCACGCGAAGAGGGAACAGCACAAACAGCAACAAGCCCAGACCGCGCCUGACGGUGAGGACCCGAAGCAGCAGCCUCAGCCCGCGCCUGCCAGCGAGGCGACCGGCGGCGGCGAUCCAGACAAAGCCGCUGCGGCCGGCCCGGCCCUACCGCCAGGCGCAAAGCCAGAAGCUCUGCCAGAAGCGGCGCCUGGGCACGCGGCGCCUGCCACGGCCGCGACGGACGCAGAGGAAUCGCACUGGACGGCGCUGCUCCGCUCUUGUCCAGCGGGCCAGAGAACUGCGCGAGCGGGAGCGCGCCGCUCAGACCGCACAGGCCUUCGGCCUCGACGCGGGGCCCCAACCGCUGACCCCUGCUCCACCCGGCGCACGCGACGGCCUCCAGAGCGCGGGCAAAGGUCGGCGGUCGCGAACUCCUUGUGGAACGACGCUUCCAG